AUGGCGUGUCUCCAGAAGCUCAGAGAGGACGUCGCUACUCUCGAAUCGUUGUUUCCAAAAAAUCAUGAACGAUUCCAGGUAGUAUCGGCAUCGGUUGACGAGGUGGCCGUACGAUUUAUCGAUCCGCAAGGCAAAUCAAUCGAUAUCACUGCUAACAUUCUCGAGAAUUAUCCACGUGCAGCACCUAUCUGGUUCAGCGAGUGUGAUGAUACAAUUGUGACAACGAUACUUGAAUCACUAACCGAAGCUGAACCACCAUGUUAUAUUCUGCAGCAAAUGCAUCAACUUGUGUCUCGUCUCUGCAGCUAUUACAGUGUUACCAUACCCACGGAACUACCUUCUAUAGGACCUCCAGCCGAUGAACUAGAUGAGGGCAUGGAAAGCGAUGAGGAACUGAUUGAAAUGGAAGAAGAGCCGCGAAGAGAUUCAGCAGACGACGAGGGUGUAUCGGCUGAAGGUCGAGCCGUAUUGGCCAGGUUAAACCAUGCACAAAGGGAACAGCAUCUUACGGGUACAGUCGCGGGUUCAGUGACCGCAACAGAUCGUUUAAUGAAGGAACUCAAAGAUAUCUAUCGAUCUGAACAUUACAAAAAAGGUGUGUAUUCAAUCGAACUUGUCAAAGAUAGCUUAUAUGAAUGGCAUGUAAAACUAAAGAAAGUUGAUCCAGAUAGUUGUUUAGCAGCCGAUAUGGUGACAAUGAUGAGGCAUGAGAAGCAGGACUACCUCUUGUUCCAUUUCGUUUUCAAGGAGACUUUCCCGUUCGAGCCACCCUUCGUGCGUCUGGUAUCGCCGACCAUUUCAAAUGGUUUCGUCCUGGGCGGAGGUGCAAUUUGUAUGGAGUUAUUAACAAAACAAGGCUGGACAAGUGCCUACAGUGUCGAAUCUCUUAUUCUUCAGAUUGCUGCUACUCUUGUUAAGGGAAAGGCUCGUAUUCAAUUCGACGUGAAGGGUCAGUACAGUAUGGUAAAAGCACAACAAUCAUUUAGUUCACUUGUACAGAUUCAUGCAAAAUCUGGUUGGUAUACACCGCCAAAAGAGGAUGGUUAA